AUGUCAGCCCACUUUGUCAAACUGACCAAGCUUCCUGGAGGGUCCUACAACUCCAUAGCCGACGCGCCGUCUGAGCCGGCUCGGGGAGAGCAUACAUACGGAAAUGAUCAGUGCGGACAUACAAGGAAGGUGACAAACCCGGUGGUCUGUGGAUACCAGUGGUCAUUGAAUGCCGAUGUAUGA